CGCGCGCUGUCGCCGAGCGGACUCAAUCGCUCCGCCGCCUUCCAGAGAAGCACGUCGCCACUGCACUGUCUGGAUCCUUUUCGCCUGCGGCUGGGACCAUGUUCUCCAUGCAGAGUCUGGUGGUAGCACUGCGCUCCGGCCUGCGACACGGCAGCCCGCUCCUGCGGCCGCUCUCCACUCUGGCGGACCUGAGGAGUCCUCACGAGCUGCAAAUCCACGAGCAAACAAAGCGCAACGAAGAAUCCGCGCACCUGACAGAACUCAUCCGAGACUUCCUGAACCCUUCGGAGUUCUACCAAGCACUGCGCAACAUUGACAUUGAAUUCUUCUGCGGGGUCCCUGAUUCUCUGCUGAAAGACUUCUGCGCGUUCGUGACGCACUGCGUGCCGGAGACGCACCACGUGAUCGCCGCCAACGAGGGCAGCGCCGUCGGCCUGGCGACGGGCUACCACCUGGCGUCGGGCCGCACGGGGCUGGUGUACCUGCAGAACUCGGGGCUCGGCAACACCGUGAACCCGCUGCUGUCGCUGGCGGCGCCCGAGGUUUACUCCGUGCCCAUGCUGCUGCUGAUUGGCUGGCGGGGCGAACCGGGCAAGCGCGACGAGCCGCAGCACAUGCUGCAGGGGCAGGUCACGCCCGGGAUGCUGAAUUCGCUGGGGAUCCCCUUCUCGACGCUGCCCGACUUCAUCGACGGCGCCAAGGUGACGCUCGACAAGGCCAAGAUGUACAUGGACCGCCACAGCUGCCCCUACGCCCUGCUGGUCAAGCGGCAGACCUUCCUGCCGUACAAGCUGCCCAAGACACCGCCGCAGUUCCCGAUGACGCGGGAGCAGGCCCUGCAUGGGGUGCUGGCCGGCCUGACGGACCGCGACGCCGUCGUCAGCACCACGGGCAUGGUGUCGCGCGAGCUGUUCGAGCACCGGGUGGCGCACGAGCAGGGCCACGAGCGUGACUUCCUCACCGUCGGCUCCAUGGGGCACGCUGCCAGCAUCGCGCUGGGCAUCGCGCUCUGCAAGCCGUCCCGCCAGGUGUUCUGCCUGGACGGAGACGGCAGCGUGAUCAUGCACAUGGGCACCCUGUCCACCGUGGGCCAGCUCCAGCCGCCCAACCUCAAGCACGUGGUCAUCAACAACGGCACGCACGACUCGGUGGGCGGGCAGCCCACCGCCGCGGCGAACCACGACCGCUUCAGCGUGCCGCGCAUCGCCCUCGCCAGCGGCUACCUGCAGAGCAGGGUGGCCACCACGGAGGACGAGCUGGAGCAGGGCAUGGCGUGGCUGCACGCGGCCCGCGGCCCGGUGCUGCUGGAGGUCAAGGUGCGCUCGGGCAGCCGCAAGGAGCUGGGGCGGCCCACCCGCAGCCCCAUCCAGAACAAGAUGGACUUCAUGAACUUCCUGGCGCUGCGCUCCUACGACCACUAGCCUCCCCCCGGCGCCGCCCCCCGGCGGGGCGAUCGAUGCUGCUUCCGAACACGUGCCGGCGCGGCCCCUCCCCACGAGGAACUAGCCGUGAUAGCAUGUCCGAAUUCUUCAGCCAACCCGGUGCGUCAACAAAGAAACACGUUUCGCACAGAAAAGGAUGUCCGAAUUAUUUCAGCCAAUUCGGUGCAUCACCAAAGAAAUACCCUUUACGCAGUCAUUUUCUUCUGUCCCGCUGAUCUGGGCUGGAUAAGGAACACACAGUCCGGAUAUAAUGGAAAUUGCCCUUAAAUGCACAUAAUACAAUUUUUAUAUGAGAAAAACCGUAAUUUCUUUUCUUUCCUCUGCUCUUUCUAAUCGCAGUUUUAACUGAGGAUGGCGAAAUUUAAUAAAUUCUUCUUAAAAAAGAAAAUAAAUCCUGGAUUAACGGGAUGUCCAGACGAGCGAGGUCCGGAUAAGUGGGAGUGGACUUGGCUUCUCUGGCAGUGGCGCUGGAGAGCAGGCACCCGGGCCUAAAAACGGGCUGUAAACUGCACGGCGAGGUUUCCCCUUUAGCCUUGCAGUCGGUGAGGAGAUUCAGGCAACCCCGAGGUCUCCUCUGCCUGCUCUAAGGUUUCCACACACCGAUCAGGAAGGUGAUUGUCGUUUGAGGUGUCGGAACUGUUGCCGGUUCUAGUAUCCGAGACAUGAACCACCAAGUCCGCGGAAAGGGUGUGUGAUGCGAUUAUAUAGCCUCUCCACACCAAGUGGCAACCCUCUGCCUCCACGUUGGCACCGCUGUUGGGGGAGGAUCGUGGUGACUAUGUUGGGAUGGGUUUCCCCAACCUCUGGUCAUAGCACCUCUCUAACUAAAGAGGGCGCUGCCGGGUCAGACUCUGCCACAGUGCAUCCUCAAUUGCAUGUAUGAGACCGGAAAUGGUGAAAGGGCUGAAUCUGCGGGCAACAGCAGAUGCGAUAGAAACCUUUCCGGGGGGUUCGACGGCCGAGCCUCGGUGCAUCGGUCCCAAAGGGCCCCAUAGUGAAUGGAUCAGGCCCCAUGGUAAAGGAGUUCGACUGGGUAUGGUGGUCACGGUUUCGGGCGACCGGGCCUAAAAACGGGCUGUAAACUGCACGGCGAGGUUUCCCCUUUAGCCUUGCAGUCGGUAGAGGUACUGAGGCAACCCCCAGGUGCUUCCUGCCUGGGCACUGUGAUUGCCAUUUUCCAGCCGGGGUUGAUGGCGGUCGCUGCCGGAGGGGUGCAGUCGCAUCCGGGCCUUAAUCGGCUGUAAACCCGCCGGGCCGAGGUACGGCGGGUCGGAGGGCUUUCCGAGGUGACGAGGACGCCUCGUGGCUGCACUCUGAAGAGCGGUGGUCUGGUCAAACUACCGGCGAACAGUCUGCCGACGAGACCAAAAGUUGGUCGUAGUACGGGAAGAAUCCAUCAUGUUUGAAUGGUUCCCCGCUGAGGUUUUAUUAAGGCCCAGGAUUCUUGUUGGGAAGGACUCGUACUUGGGAGUGGUGCCCCGAGUGCUUAGGGGCAGGUAUCAGGGUUCCCUAGCCCAUUGAAGUACUGACGUUGUGAGCGACGAGGACAGCUCCGGUAACCAGCCUGGACAGCUGGCAGAGGUUGGGUAGGCCUCCACCGGACCGCGGGUUCGCUGGGUGAUUGAGGGGUCCCAGUGUGAGGCGGGAGACUGGGGCAGGCGCCAGAAGUGAUGACUUCAGAGGUCAAGGGAGCAUCCAACUUGCUGGUUAACUGAGUGGAGUAGGGGGCCGGAGGUGGUGCAUAAACUGAGAUGGGUAGCCUCAGUCCCUUUGCAUAGCCAAAAGCUCUAACGCUCUUCCUGGUUGCGUAUGCGGCGUGAUCCGCAUCCACGCCCGUGGGGGCCCCAGGGCGGCAGGGCCUAACGGCUAAGAGCGCUGGGUCAUCAAAGAAAAGGGGGGAAACCCUAAUUUGUGACUUCUAGUGUGUUUUGAGACAGUUUUUAAAAUUAGACUCGUUCUAGUUAAUCAAUUUACGUAAAAUGGCGUGGACAGAAGGUGGCUGGCUAAACAACAGACUAUCGUCAUGUUUUCACUAAAAGGCCGGGAGGAUGUAUACAAGGGGCUGCACUGGCAAUUCUCCGAGGAUCCUGGCAACCGUUCCGAAGGUUACAAAAAUAAAACGGGUGACAUCCUUUAAAUAUGCACUCUUCAAGGUACCUUCAUGCUGAAGGUUCCUCCGAGAAUGUACGUAUUCGGAAGCAGCUUAAAGAGUAUGUUAUGUGAGUGGUGGUGCGUUUAAGGGGCCGGCAUCUGUCUGGGAUGCCCAUUGACGCGAAGGGCUUCAGCAGUCACAAGGCGAACAUAAAGCAAAAUUAAUGACGACAGGGAUAAACCUGACAGCGCCGUUUUGAGAACGCCAGGUUCUUUGUUUAUAAUUGACACUCGAUAAUUCCGUUACGCUAAAAUUCACAGUGAUACUCUACCCAUAUUUUUCUUUACCCCAUUGACUUGAUUUCUUACUGCUCGCAUAUUUUCAUUCAGGCUAAAUUCAACUUGCCAGUGUAUAAUGCAAUAAUCUUGGUUCUACCUACCACAGAACCAAUUUAUAUUUGGGUCGACAGAUUUGAUCACUGUGCUGCUAGCUAGUUGCUAUCUCACCUACAAUUGUAGAGAGGAGUGUCGAAAGAGUGGCGAUAUUAACAUCAAUUUAAUGCAAAGGCAUACAUUUUUGCACUCUACCUUGUAACGAAAAGAAAGUGUGAAGUUUCUGUGUGCCUAAAAAAAUAAACAAGUGGAUACAAUGACCAUCAUAUUAGAAAGAUAAGUUAUCCGGUUUAGUUUGUUUGGCUUCACUUUCGCUAACACACGCUCCAUCUAGGGACUCUUCCAACAACUUUGAUGAGAACACCCUACUUAACAUCUCGCUCUAUAUUUUUGGCUGUCCUUUUUCAACAACAUAUCUGAUGAGUGAUGAUGUUUGAAUCCUAGUAUUGCUGUUGCGUUUGUUCUCUAAAUUUUGUUUUGCGAAUACUGAAGACAGCUUAAAUGGGUUUAAUUCAAUCAGGUGCAGUGAUAUUUAAAGAAAAAGAGGGACUUAGAGGGUAUCAUGUAAGACUAUUUUGGGUUAUGGACCCCUCAACCUGAAAUUCCGUGUGAGAGGUAAUUUAUUCUUUUGUAGCCACACUUAAAAUACUUUAUCCAGGUAAUUGAUGUUUUCUUAGAUUAUUCAUCAAAUUGAAUUUUAAUGCUGUUAUUACUAAAGUGAUUUGUCCAAAAAAAUUAAGUGCUGUUAUGAAUUUUUGGCAGACAAUGCGAAAAUCCCUCCCCAUGGAAUGAAAUAUUUAGAUGAUGUGAGGACCAAGCCUCGUGAAUCACAUUGUAUGCUCCAGACAGACGUCAGCCCCAAUAACAGCACUGCCGUGAAUGUUUGUUCCUCAAUGUAAAAGACUGCUCAAUACUCAUUUACGAAAAAAGAAAAAGAAAAAAAAAGAAAAAAAGUAAAAAGAUUUUUACAAGAUCACAGUUUCGCUCGAGUUCUGUUUCUUUGCAUUAUACAUAUAAUUUCCAUCCAGUAACUGGCCUCCCAUUUCUUUUGAAAUUUUAUCCGUGCCAUAGAAUACUAUAGAAAACAUUGAAAUCAUUCUCUUUAAUAUUGUGAAAAAAAAAUUAUUUAUCAGCAUAUGGUAAAAUGGGAAUCAUGACAGAAUAAAUAAAGUUACCAAAUAAUUUCAUUAAAUUCUGAUUCCCAUGUGUUUAGAAUCCUUAACAAGUUGUUUCAAGUUUGCAGUCUGCGUAUGAAUGAAAAAAAAAAAUGUUUUGUGACAAGUGGCAGAGUGGUCAGCAGUGUGUGUAUCUGUGGAAACGAAGGAAAAUCACCUACGAUGAACCAGAUGUGGAUCACCAAACAAUGAAUACUAGAAGCAAAUAAAAAUGUUUCUAUAAUAUUAAAAAUGAAGUCUCGGUGACUGAAUUGCGAAAAUUACACGCGAACAGUUAAAAUACAAAUGUCAAGGGAAGAAUGUUGUCAGUAGUUUUCAGUUGCGUGGUGACGCAAGCUGUGUCCGAAUACACAGGGAUACGUCCACAGCACACACCAGAUGCAGUCCUAAUGUACAGGACGUAUUUCCGAGGGAUGGAUAGCAUCCGAGCACGUUGGUCGAACCGAUGUGCACGUGGUCAUUUUCAGUCGCAAUAUCUACGAAUACAUAUUCAGCAAAACGUAAAUAACAAAGACCAAUUAAAAAAAUGUUAUAAAUGUCAGCGAUCAAAAUAAAAAAUAAUUUUAUGAUUCUAAAAAUAUUAAAAAUACUUAUAAUUAAAUACGUAAGUUUAAAUCCUCUUUAAGUAAUUUUUAUUAAGGGUUUUUAUUUAUCCCUACUAUUUGAGUUAUCACUUAUGCUUAUAUUAUAACGUUUUAAACAUCUUAUGCCAAUAUAUAAAUCAAUAUAUAAUAGAAACAAAAUAAAACACAAUUCCGAAGUUAAUAGAUGUAGGAACGCAUCAGUGGAUGCGAGUGUUGCAUCCCUAGAAUCCUUGAUUUUAGUGGACGCCUUUAGGGAUGCCGAUCUAUCACUUUGUGAGAAUUCGGAAGCAACGAAAAGAUGGCCGUGUUCAGUAUGAUGCACUUCUAGUGCAUCCCUUAGCUGAGGGAUCCAUUAGGCUAGUAUUCGGAUGCGGCUACAGUAUGUUCUAAAGCUUUUGAUCUGUGAACAUCUGUGUAGAUCACGUGAUCCACGUUUCUUUCUACUUGUCUGUAGGCCACCCUGCCUCUUGAAAGAGCCAGCGUGAAUGAAACAAGCGAAAGUGCAUAGUUUGUAGUGGAGUGACUGAGAUUAUCGUGCUUGUAAGUAGUUGUAUUAUGCUGUCCUGCUGGUCAAAUACAAGAUUCAGAUUUGUCACUGCCGUAAAAGAAAAUAUUUUCUUGUGACGUGACAUAAAUCUGCUUCCAGUAGUAGGAAUACAGCAUGAAUUUAAAAUCUUGGUUUUAGAUUUGGGUAAAGGGAAAGGACGUGAAAGGUAAGAAUACUACAUAUACCUUCAAAACUUGGUUUAUUAAUAAAUUAAUCGGAAAACUAAAAAUCCCAAAACCAAUGUUACAUCGUAAUAAAUGCAGUAUUCUUACACCCAACCUAUCAUUAGCCUAUGAGAAGAUAUCAAGUUAUGUGAAUAUAUGUUGAUUGUUAGUUUAUCUAGUAUUAUACUAAUGAUGUCUUGUGUGUGUAAUGUGCCUGUAAAUAAAGUUUUUAUUUUUAUUUUGCAAA